UGCAGCAUCGGCCGUGAAAUAGGUUCAAAAGGAUCUUACCUGAAGCUGCUGCAUGUCGGUGAUCAUUAGCUCCGAAAUCGUCAAGUAUGACAGACUAAUCCCCAGGACUGUCGAGCCUGAACGAGAAGAUGAGGAUGUGGAGGCCCUUGUACCCUGGGUAUUCCAAAAUGCCUCUUUUGCAACAGAACAUUGCAUACUAGAUUGGCCAAGAGAAGAGAGCGACUUCCGGGAUUUCUUUUCUUACUAUUGUUCCUAUGCUGCUGAUCUAGAUGAGCAAAACAGAGCAGGGGUCACAAGCGUGCUGAAAGCCAGUGAGGUGAUCACUUUACCCAGGAGGAGCUGGAAGGCACCUCAAAGAGACCACUUCAGACAUUUGAUACGAUCACAGAGCACUAUGCUGAAAUUGUUGAUGAAUACUGUUUAUCUUAGCAUCAAAGAUAGCAUUGAACAAGGUCCUAGAGUGAGUUUUCAUAAAGCAGAACCAAGGCAGAAGUACGUGAUCGGUGGUAAACGGUAUGCUACUCAAAUAGAAGGGGCUGUUACGGUCGAUCUGCAAGAGGAACCAGUGCCUAUACUAUCAUUCACUGGAGCAAGUAGUGUGCAUCACAACGAUUACCGGUGGCCUCAUCUUGUGAAUUACUAUUUAACAUGUCUAGUGGUUCGAAGGACAGACCUGGUCCGAAUUCCUUGUAGAAACUUUCAGUGUUAUGUUGGGGCAGCUUGCCAGAAAUGUUUCUGUACAGGACCGCAGCGCAGGCUGCAAGGACCAGGAGGUCUGUGUGGUUGGUUUUCAUGGGCUUCAUCUUCACAUUUUCCAUGGGCUUUUUCGAGCAGAUACAAUAUCUCGAGUGCACUCCAAGGGAUGUUCUGACCAUGAGGCUUUCGAUCUGAGAUUCACACGGGAUUACAACCUAUGCCUAAAGGAAGACUGGCUAGAAGCUAUCCGAGCUUUGGCAAGACUGUUCCGAUAUCUCCUUAGUGGGAAAGCAAAAGUCGGUGCGAUAGAGGCCUAUCUGCAGAAGAAGAGCUGAUACCACU